CACAGAGGAGAACUUUCAUCCCUGUAAAAAAGGAUGGUGUCUUCACCAGUGAUUCCCUGCUGCCAGCUUCUGUCUCAGUCAUUUGGAGUUUGGCCUACUAGAAGACAGAGGGUAUGAAGUCGAUCCUAGAUGGCCUUGCAGACACCACCUUCCGCACCAUCACCACGGACCUGCUCUACGUGGGCUCGAAUGACAUUCAGUACGAAGAUAUCAAAGGCGACAUGGCGUCCAAACUAGGGUACUUCCCGCAGAAAUUCCCUUUAACUUCCUUCAGGGGAAGUCCCUUCCAAGAAAAGAUGACUGCGGGAGAUAGCCCUCAGUUGGUCCCAGCGGACCAGGUGAACAUUACCGAAUUUUACAACAAGUCUCUUUCGUCCUACAAGGAGAAUGAGAACAUUCAGUGCGGGGAGAACUUCAUGGACAUGGAGUGCUUCAUGAUCCUGAACCCCAGCCAGCAGCUGGCCAUCGCCGUGCUGUCCCUCACGCUGGGCACCUUCACGGUUCUGGAGAACCUGCUGGUGCUGUGCGUCAUCCUGCACUCCCGCAGCCUCCGCUGCAGGCCUUCCUACCACUUCAUCGGCAGCCUGGCGGUGGCAGACCUUCUGGGGAGCGUCAUCUUCGUCUACAGCUUCGUUGAUUUCCACGUGUUCCACCGCAAAGAUAGCCCCAACGUCUUUCUGUUCAAACUGGGCGGCGUCACAGCCUCCUUCACGGCCUCGGUUGGCAGCCUGUUCCUCACAGCCAUCGACAGAUAUAUAUCUAUUCACAGGCCCCUGGCCUAUAAGAGAAUCGUCACCAGGCCCAAGGCUGUGGUGGCAUUCUGCCUGAUGUGGACCAUAGCAAUUGUGAUCGCCGUGCUGCCUCUCCUGGGCUGGAACUGCAAGAAACUGCAAUCGGUUUGCUCAGACAUUUUCCCACUCAUCGAUGAAACCUACCUGAUGUUCUGGAUUGGGGUCACCAGUGUGCUGCUGCUGUUUAUCGUGUACGCAUACAUGUACAUUCUCUGGAAGGCUCACAGCCACGCGGUCCGCAUGAUUCAGCGCGGCACCCAGAAGAGCAUCAUCAUCCACACGUCGGAGGAUGGCAAGGUGCAGGUGACGCGGCCGGACCAAACCCGCAUGGACAUCAGGCUGGCGAAGACCCUGGUCCUGAUCCUUGUGGUUUUGAUCAUCUGCUGGGGCCCUCUGCUUGCAAUCAUGGUGUAUGAUCUCUUUGGGAAGAUGAACAAGCUCGUUAAGACGGUGUUUGCCUUCUGCAGUAUGCUCUGCCUGCUGAAUUCCACCGUGAACCCCAUCAUCUAUGCUCUGAGGAGCAAGGACCUGAGACACGCGUUCCGGAGUAUGUUCCCCUCGUGUGAAGGCACCGCGCAGCCCCUUGAUAACAGCAUGGGUGACUCGGACUGCCUGCACAAACACGCAAACAACACAGCCAGUGCUCACAGGGCCACGGAGAGCUGCAUCAAGAGCACUGUCAAGAUCGCCAAGGUGACCAUGUCUGUGUCUACAGACACAUCUGCCGAGGCUGUGUGAGCCUGAUGCCUCAUGGGCAACGCAGGA